ACUCGAAACGGACGCGUUGCGCUGGUCUAACGGUCAAAUAAUACCUGCCACGUUCGGCGAUAAAGUUGAUAGCUCUUGAAUAUAAUAUAAUAUAUAUUCUAAAAACUCACAGCUGUGCAUUUGUGUAUUUAGAAAGAUCAAUUAAGAUCAUAUAAUAUAUGGUGUUAAAAAUAGUACUGAUCCGUGAUUUAUUAAUAUUAUAAUGAGACCAACGAUCGCUUAUAAAAAAUAAAAGCGGAUUUUAAUUGUUAAUUGAGUGAAAUGUAUCAAAGGGAAUACAAAUAGAACCUGUAUUUAAAAGGAAAUUAAUUCUUAAGCAAGGGCUCGAGGAGCAGCAGCAGCAGCAGCAGCAGUACCACCUGAUAAUUACCACCUGCACUCUGUCAGAGUCCCAUUGGAGCCCCCAUUGGCAUCCCCUUGGCAGCAUCAUGACGAGCAUCUCCGCGCUCCUUCAUCGCAGCCACAGCCACAGCAAUGGCUACACCAGCAGCGGGAGCAGCAAUCACAGCCACAGCAGCAGCCUUUCACCGCAGUUGCCCGGCAUCAGUUUGGGCCUGGGUCUGGGCAUGGGCAUGAGCAUGGGUGUGGGUGUGGGCGUGGCCACGGGUAACUCCACAACCCCACCGCCACCGCCGCCAACUGACCUCGCCGUGCCCUCCGCUACAUCCACGCCAGUGGCGCCCAAAAUGCACCACCAUCAUCAUGCGAGCUCCAACGGCAAUGGCAACUCGAGUGCCAGUGCCAAUGGAUCCCACCACAGCCAUGACCACAUCAAGCGGCCCAUGAACGCUUUCAUGGUCUGGUCGCGGGGACAGCGUCGCAAAAUGGCCCAGGACAAUCCCAAAAUGCACAAUUCCGAAAUAUCAAAGCGGCUGGGCGCCGAGUGGAAAUUGCUCACCGAAGGGCAGAAGCGUCCAUUCAUUGACGAGGCAAAGCGAUUGCGCGCCCUGCACAUGAAAGAACAUCCCGACUACAAGUACCGGCCACGUCGCAAACCCAAGACGCUGAACAAGUCACCGGUGCCGGGAGGAGCAGCCAAUGGUGGCGCGGCGGGAAGCGGAGGAGCUGGUACCACUCACCCCGGCAGCUCUGGAUCGGGUGGCUCCUCCACGCCAAAGGACAUGCAGCCGCAGCUUUCUCCUCUGGGUCAGACAAUGACGCACCUGCAUGGACACCAUGCACAUGCCCACCAUCACCCACAGCACCCGCACCAUCCACAUGCCCACCCACACCCGCAUCACGUCCACCUGGCCGCUGCCACGCUGAGCGCCAAGUAUGGCUUUGGAUCGCCGCUGGAACUGUCCCUGCCCCGUCUGCCCAAUGCCUUUCCCGGCCUGGCGCAUUACCCGCUGGAUCCCACGCUGGCCCUCGACUUGCAGGCCCGCCUCCAGGCCAUGUAUGCCGGCAGCAUUUACCAUCCAUGGCGCUACCUCCCACUGAUCAGUCCGGACACACCGCCCUCUCCGCCCAGCAGUAGCGGCACUGGCAUCUCCUCCUACGGCUGCGUCAAGUCGUCCAAGUCCUCGCCGAAUCCAAAUCCGGCAGUGGGAACGCCGCCGAACAUCAUUUGACCGACUCCAUUGCGCUUCGGCGCCGGCACCGCCGCUGAGCACGCGGUGUAGGAUGAUUCGGAUUUGGAUUCAAAAACGGAUCCCUCCGGUAAUUGGUCACUUGAUCACCCCGCCCCGAAAAUAGAGAUCCUAAUGUUAGAGUCUAGUGUUAGUUGAAUAUCUGAGCGUGUCUUUUGGUUUGGAUUUGGAUUAUGAUUUGAGUUUAGUUAAGGAGGCACUUGGUAUGACCAAGGACCUUACAAUAACAAGAUGAGUAACGCUAGGCGAGUUUUAAGUAUUUAAAUUGGUUAAAACUAAACAAAAAAUCUAUUAAAAUAAUUUUUUCUAUAUUCUUAGGCAUCUAGAGUAUGCACAUGUAUUUUUAUUUUAAAUGGCGUUAUGCAUCUUGUUAUAAUAAGGUUAUUUUUUAUUUAGAAAACUAAUUUCAAAAUAAAAGCGAAAAUUUUAUUUUUUAGAUAUUUUAGUGACCUGUAACUACCGAGUUAUAAGCUUAAGGGUACUUUUUGCAUUCAAAACUUUGAUUAUUCUUAUUUUUUAUAAGAAAGGUUAAGUUAUAAAUCAAGCUUGCUAAACUAUUUUCUAAGAAUAAGUACUUUUAUAUUUUAUAGAUUGAUUUUCUUAUAGAUAUUUUUAAAAAUUUCCAAGACUUACAAAAUAUGAUUUCGAUUCUGUCAUUUUGUUUCUCUUUAGGCUGUAUUUCCGUUUCGAUUAAAUUUAAACUUUCAAUUAGUUUAAUAAAAUUUAUUGUUAUUUAAUUAGGUAAAGUUAGUUAAGAGUCCUCGCUUAUUUCAAUUAUUUGAAUUAAUUUAAUUUGAAUUAAUUUAACUUUAAGCACAUUCCAAAUGUUUUUCCCAUCAAUUGAUUAAUUCCCAAUAGUUGUUAUUGAAUGAAUGAGAUAUCCAGGAACCCAAAAUUAAUGCUUUUCAAGUCUUUAGUACACUAGAUUUGUUAAGGCAAUGUCCACUUUUGUGUAAUAUGUAUAUGAUUGUAAAACUAUAUAUUUUAAUGUGAUAAAUGAGCGAAAAUUAAUUGAAAAACAAAAAAAAACUGUAAGAAAAUAAACGAU